AUGCCGGCUGAUGGAGUCCCAGAAAAUCCCCAACAUCUCCAGAAGACCACCAUCGACAAAUGUACCGCCGAGGUGGAGAAGUACCGACGUAGCCAACUUGCCGAAGACGAAGUCAUCAACGCCGUCUCGGAGAUCAUCUAUCUCGAUGGUCCACCCGCCGGUAUCGAGAUCACCAAGUGCCGCGAGGCCUGUAAGAACUACAUCGGGAUCAUCAGAUCAAUCACCCGCGACAUGGAGCGCCGCGCGCCCAACGCUUCUGAUGAGAAUCGAGAUGGAGCCAACGUGCCGGACGACGACAACGACGCCGAGCGAGAUCUCCCCGCUGGCAACGGGCGAGAUCGUGCGAGGAACACUCUUACAACGGAUGAGGACGCCGUUAGACGAGAGAAUGAGCGACGCCUUCGCCUGCGACGAACCCGCGAUGACCUUGAGGAUGACGGAGCCGACGACGACGAGAGACCCUCAAAGAGAAAUUUUGACGAAGAGCUUUUACCAUUCGUCAGUAGCUCAUCCUUUACUUCGCGUCUCCCAGCAGCGCUCGUUCAGGCCAACAAACUCAAAGCCAAUUAUCGCGCCGAUCUCGCAACUUCGCUUCUCCGGCUCCACGACGCCGUCGACCUUCCCCAAUUCCCUCGAGCUCUCUGGAAAGAGCUACUCCAGGGCUACUACAUCGAUUUCGAUAAGCUCGCAUCCACGGUCCGAUCGCUCACAGGCGACGCCACUGAAUCAAAAAAGCUCGGAGAUUUUGAGAUCCACUCGGACUCAAUCAAAAUCACUCGUCGCGUUACGGACAAGCUCGAAUGGUCCGAGGCCUAUGGCAUGUACGCCGAGGCCGUCAAAUUCGCGUUCCCUUGCCGAGAGAGAGAGCUUAUCGGGUACGCAUCUCACAUCGCCAAACUCUUCUCCGGUACAGCGUACCGUUUCCACGGCGCAAUCCUUGAUUACGAUCGCGCCGUCCGGACUAGGACCGGUAGAUCCAACAACUUCCUGCUCACCGAUACAGCCGAGUUCGACGAUCUUGCCAAGGCCCACAUGUCGCCCAUCGGCGCAGCCGCCCACUCCAUAUUCGGCUUACCAGCCAGACCCGCCUCCCUCCCGAAAGCGCCCCGGUUCCCCACUCCUGCCUCCUCGUCAGACUACUGCCAUAGGUUCAACGCCGGUAAGAAACACGACGACCGCUGCCCGUACAAGCACGGUUGCCAUUUCUGCGGUUCUGCCGAGCAUGGCGCCCACAUAUGUCCCCGACGUACCGGCAAUCCGAGUGGCUAA